AUGGAUAGGGGAUCAUUCUCGUCAAGUAAAGGAGACUCGGCCGAUUUCGAACAAGAACUCACACUCAGUGACAAGCUUAAAAUAUUCAAAUCUUCACAAUUUGAUCCUGAGGCAUAUCUCACUAACCGAUGCCGAGCCAUGAGCGAAAAGGAAAUUAGGCAUCUCUGCAUUUACCUAGUAGACUUAAAGAAGGCUUCUGCGGAAGAAAUGCGCAAAAGUGUCUAUGCCAAUUAUUCUGCUUUCAUACGGACGUCAAGAGAGAUUUCUAAUCUUGAAGGACAGCUUGUUACACUGAGGAAUCUCCUAUCAACUCAAGCAAAUGUCAUACAUGUUUUGACUGAUGGAGUUCGUGUUGAUUCCUUGUAUGAUGGACCUGAAAAUUCAGCAAAAGUUGACACUGUUAAUUUCGAAGGCAGUGAACCUACGAAGAUCGAAAAAUGGUUGGCACAAUUUAUAGAGACGCUUGAAGUCUUGCUGGCAGAGAGGCGAGUGGAUGAAGCUUUGGCUGCCCUUGAUGAAGGCGAAACUAUAGCAGAAGAGGCUAGAUUCCAGCGAUCGUUGACUCCGUCAACAUUGCUGUCAUUGCAAACCUCUAUAAUGGAACAGAGACAAAAAUUAGCCGAUCAGUUAGCAGAGGCUACUUGCCAGCCUUCAAUAAGUGGGGUUGAGCUUCGUUCAGCUGUACAAGCUCUAAAACAAUUGGGAGAUGGUCCACGCGCCCAUACAUUACUUCUCAAAUCUCACCAACAAAAGUUGCGAAGCAAUGUGCAGAGUCUUCGCCCAUCAGGCAGUUCACAUGGAAUAGCAUAUACGACUACACUUUCACAGCUUGUUUUCUGCACAAUCGCACAGGCAGCAAGUGAUUCUUUAGCCAUAUUCGAUGAUGAGCCAGCUUUUGCAUCUGAGCUUGUUACUUGGGCUGUCAACCAGACUGAGACUUUUGCACUGCUUAUCCAGAAACACAUUCUAGCUUCUCCAGCAGCUUCAGGAGCUCUGAGAUCUGUCACUGAGUGUGUUCAAAUAUCAUUGGGGCAUUGCGUGUUGUUAGAAGCUCGUGGAUUGUCCCUUACUCCUAUUCUCUUGAAAACCUUUAGGCCUUACGUUGAACAGGCAUUGAAUGCAAACUUAAAAAGAAUUGAACUGAGCACAGCAGCAAUUGCUGCUGCAGAUGAUUGGUUACUUACUUAUUCACCUGUUGGUACCCGUUCCUUGAGCACUGCAUCUCUUGGUAGUAUGAUUACAUUGCAGCCAAAGCUUUCAAGCAGUGCUCACAGAUUCAGUACAAUGGUUCAGGAACUAUGCGAGGAUGUUGGUCCCUUAGAGAUCAUGCAGUUAUCCGAGCAAGCUUUGGGAGGUGUCAUUCAAUCAUUUAAUUUAUAUGUCAACAUGAUGAUAAAUGCAUUGCCUGGUUCAAUGGAGACUGAAAACUUGGAAGGGUCUGGGAGCAGAAUAGUUAAAAUAGCCGAGUCCGAAACCCAACAGAUAGCUUUGCUAGCCAAUGCAUUACUGUUAGCAGAUGAGAUCCUUCCACGAGCAGCUGCCAGGCUUUCAUCCUCACAACAGUGGAACAGAGCUGAUGAACCACCGCGAAGAGCUUCAGACAAACAAAACCGUCCUCCCGAGCAAAGAGAACUGAAGAGAAGGCUUCAACGCUUAGUUGAUCAGUUGAGAGAUAGCUUCUGCAGGCAACAUGCCCUCGAACUCAUCUUUGCAGAAGAUGGUGGUGUUCGACUGGGUGCAGAUUUGUACUUAAGCCUGGAUGAAGGCAGAGAGGAACCUGAAUGGUCCCCUUCUCCAAUAUACCAGGAAUUAUUCGUGAAGCUAACACGGAUUGCAAGCAUUGCAUCAGAUAUGUUUGUAGGGAGAGAGAGAUUUGCAACUAUUCUUUUGAUGAGACUCACAGAGACUGUCAUCCUAUGGAUUUCUGAUGAUCAAAGCUUCUGGGAAGAGAUUGAGCAAGCGCAAAAGCCAUUGGGUCCAUUAGGGCUUCAACAGUUCUAUCUGGAUAUGGAGUUUGUUAUACUUUUUUCAUCUCAAGGGAGAUACUUAUCUCGAAAUCUGCAUCAAGUAAUCAAGAACAUUAUAGGUAGAGCUAUUGAAGCAGUUGCUGCAAGUAAAAUAGAUCCAUAUAGCGUAUUACCGGAUGAUGAAUGGUUUGCCGAUGUUGCUCAAAUUGCGAUAAAGAUGUUAACUGGUAAAGCCAACUUUGGGGAUGUGGAGCGCGAUGGUAGUCCCACAGCUUCAGUAUCGGCUAGAUCUGCAUCAUCUGUUCAUUCUCAUGGAAGUAAUUAG